AUGGUGCUCGUGCAAUGUCUGGAAAAUUCCAAAGUACCUAUGCAAACACUUGUGAAACAAAAAUAUCCACAGUGGGUUUGGACGCAUUGCAUGAUCCAUAGAGAAGCUUUGGCUUCCAAGGAAAUGAGUCCUGGUUUGAAUAUUGUAGUAACUACGGUUCUGACAGCAGUAAAUUAUAUAAAAAUGAGAUUCUUAAAAAUCAGAUUAUUUUCUGAACUUUACAAAGACAUGGGUGCAGUACAUUCAUCGUUAUUUUUUUAUUGCGGGACAAGAUUGUUGUCACGUGGAAGAUUUUCGCAACGUGUUUAUGAGUUAAGAGAGGAAAUCGCCAUUGAUUUAGUAGAGGAACACAGACUGGAAGUCGAGAAGUGUCGAGAUUAUUAA